UUCGCUGCUCGCAGUAAUACGGCGUGAGUGCGUGAGGUAUGUACGUGUGUCGACUUGCGCGUGAGAACAAGAGAACAUGCCGUUCGCUGUGAAAAAAGGGCGCGCUUACGAAAUGUGACACAUUUCAUGUAAAUGCAAAUUAAAUCGUAUUAUGAAGAUAUCAACGUGACCGAUUAUCAGAUUUCUUUGCAAUUUAUCGAUGAGGCUCGAAUUCAACGACGUCAUGAUUUUCUUUGGUACGACUAGACGACGGUAUUACCUUCGAGGAAGAUGAGUUUUUCGUGAGGAACCAAAGAUGGAGAAUCAAGGCUUCGAGGGAGAGCAAUAUCGUAAUAACGGAAAGAGUUCUUUUAUUCACACAGAUUCCGCGAUAUAUCCUGACGCUCACGUUUACGAGGACAUCGGUCCAAGUCGCGAGGAAUUCUGUAGAAUAUCUUCCGGCUUCCUCGAAGAGUCAGCUCGUUCAAGAGUCGAACAGAAUGGUCAUUCAUUUAUAACUUCGAACUUUGAAAACGAUGCGGCUGAAGGAAUUCGAUCGGAAUCUUCUCAGUCGAUUUAUUUCCAACGAAAUUUAACGUUGCCUUUUCGCCGAGGACUUUUAUCGUCAACUUCGUUUCCUUCGACGAGUUACUCCAUAUGGGAAAAGAGAUGGAAAAGUAGCAAAGAAAGGAAGGAUCGUUCGUUGGAAAGAAAUUUUUCCGAUGAUCCAUGUUCACAGGAAGAUAAUGGGAAUAAAAAUUGUGCGUUAUCGCGAUUGCGAGAAGAGGAUUAUGUCAGGGCAAGUGAAAAACGCAGGAGGAAGGAUUGUAAGCAUUGUAGAAACAAAGGUAACUCUGUAAAUUCCGAGAGUCAGGAGAAGAUAAACGCGAGCGAUGAAAAAGGUAAAGAACCAUCAGGCUCGUGUCCAUCGAACGAAACGAUCCGUUCCCAACACAAUGACAAGUUCCUUCCGCUUUGUCAUUCAUUGUGCAAGACUACUGAAGAAUGCAUGGAGUCUACGGGACAAAAUUCUUCUUCCAUUGCGAUAUUUUCGAUCUCGCAGAAGGUUCAACGGCAAGAGCAACAGCAACAACAUCAUCGUCGCCAUUAUCACGAACAGCAGCACUUACCAUCGAGAGCACUCGAGUACCUGCACUACGAUAGAAACGACGUUGAGACGAAGCUCGCCCAUGUGGUGGAGACUAGCGAAGACAAAGCGCUCAUUAUAUCAGAGAGAAAUCAACCAAAUAUGAGGAUAAAUUCGAUAUACACGCAAGAUCAUUGGUAUGCCAAGGAACCUUCGAUAUUUUUUACGGAUCUUAAGGAAACAAGUGCUUUUCAGAGGGCUUAUUCCCUCCCAGUACGAAUGCAAACUCCUACCUCGCAAAAUCGGGUUAACUUGCGAAGAAGUGUCCGUGGCGAACCACCACCGGAUCCAGCAAGACUUCACAAACAUCAUCGCGGAUGGACGUUACAUCUCGCACGACCGCUCGAAGGAUCUGGCUGUAAUAGAUCUUUGAUCUUUUUAUUGAUCCUCAUAUUGAUACUUCUCGGAGUAGGUGCUGGUGCUCUUUAUAUCGUCUUUGAACCGCAGAAAUUACAAAUUAUUCAACUUUAUCUGAAAUCGUCGAGUGGAAAUUCAUCGAUGCAAAACGUCACGUCCGAGGAGUCUUUCAGUCAGGUUUUCUCAAACGAGUCGAAGAACGACGUGCCGACGAGAACACCGACGACGAGCACCAUUCACAUGGCCGAUGUAUUUUUAAACGUCGACCUAUCGUUCCCCGAUGAUACUCCAUUGCUGAUCACGAAAACGGAAACGGAAGCAUCGAACGUUGUCCAUGCGAAUACUAAUUCAACCAGAUAUUGCGAUGACUGCUUGAGUGGAGAGGUCUGCGUUGGUUUGGUAGAUGAAGAAGUGCCUAUUUGUAGAAUCGGUCUGGAUCCUGAAGACCCAACAGGAUGUGCUGGUCUGUGUCUUAUCAACAAGCAAAGAUGUCAUCGUCUUGACGUCGAUGCUUUUAGAUGCGUAGAGAUAGAGCACUACUGUCUAGACGACGAGUGGACUUGCGUGAAUACACUUUGUAUUCCCAUGGAAAAACGUUGCGACGGUCAUAUGAACUGUUACGAUCACUCAGACGAGUACAAUUGCGUCUGCAAUUCAGAGACGCAUUUUCAGUGCGGCAACGAUACUUCUUGUCUACCAUUGGAAAGGAGAUGCGAUGGUAGAAUAGAUUGCUGGGAUGCUACCGAUGAAAUUAAUUGCACCUUAGGUCAUAAUCUUGGUCGGUCUUGCCCGUUGGAAAGCGAAUUUACAUGCAGUAACGGGCAAUGUAUAUUAAGGGCUCGAUUUUGCGAUGGAUUGGUCGACUGUGCCGAUGGAUCGGACGAGCCACAUGGAUGCGAGGGUCGAUGCAAUAAGCAUGAAUUCACAUGCCAAAAUAAUAGAUGCAUUGCAAAAGGUGCAAAAUGUAAUGGAAUUGAUGAUUGCGGAGACUAUAGUGACGAAAGACAUUGCAAGGAUCAUGUUAUGUAGCAUUUAUAAAUGAUGAUAAAAUUUACAAUGAGCAAAAAAAAAUUG